GCCGGAAGGGGGUGGCCGCCAGCUGGGCUCCGCCCCGGGGCCGCCUCCCAGCGGGUUCCGUUGGCCGUGGCUGCAGCUGAGGCUGCGGCGGCGGCGGUGGCCGCGGGGCGGGAGUAAGAUGGCGACUGCAGCGGCCGGAUCUCUGGGCCUGCUGUGGGGCUGGCUGUGGAGUGAGCGCUUCUGGCUGCCUCAGAACGUAAGCUGGACCGACCUGGAGGGCCCGGGCGACGGCUACGGCUACCCGCGCGCCCGGCACAUGCUGUCGGUGUUCCCGCUGGCAGCGGGUAUCUUCUCCGUGAGGCUGCUCUUCGAGCGGUUUGUUGCUAAACCCUGUGCACUCCAUGUUGGCAUUGAGGACAGUGGUCCUUAUCCGGCCCAACCCAAUGCCAUCCUUGAACAGGUGUUCAUAUCUAUCACUAAAUAUCCUGAUGAGAAAAGGCUAGAGGGCCUGUCAAAGCAACUGGACUGGGAUGUCCGAAAAAUCCAAUGCUGGUUUCGCCGUCGGAGGAAUCAAGACAAGCCCCCAACGCUCACUAAGUUCUGCGAAAGCAUGUGGAGAUUCACCUUUUAUUUAUGUAUAUUCUGCUACGGAAUUAGAUUUCUCUGGUUGUCUCCUUGGUUCUGGGACACCCGACAGUGCUGGAACAACUAUCCGUAUCAGCCUCUCUCAAGAGAGCUUUCUUUCUAUUAUAUCAUGGAAUUGGCCUUCUAUUGGUCUCUUAUGUUUUCUCAAUUUACAGACAUUAAAAGAAAGGACUUUCUGAUCAUGUUUGUACAUCACUUGGCCACCAUUGGGCUUAUUACCUUCUCCUACAUAAACAACAUGGUUCGGGUGGGAACGCUGGUCAUGUGUCUACAUGAUGCCUCAGACUUCUUGCUGGAAGCUGCCAAGCUGGCAAAUUAUGCCAAGUAUCAGAGGCUCUGUGACACCCUUUUUGUGAUCUUCGGUGUAGUUUUUAUGGUCACUCGCCUAGGACUCUACCCAUUCUGGAUUCUGAACACAACCCUCUUUGAGAGUUGGGAGAUAAUUGGACCAUAUCCCUCCUGGUGGCUCUUCAAUGGCCUUCUCCUGAUCCUGCAGGUUCUGCACAUCAUCUGGUCCUAUCUAAUUGCACGAAUUGCUUUCAAAGCCUUGAUCCGAGGAAAGGUGACCUAUCCAGGAGGAUUAGACCCAGACUCUGUACUCUCCACUCUUUUCUCACCUCCUUCCUUUUUUCUAUGCCUGGUGGGAGCUGGACAGUUUCAUCUCUUGCAUGUGUCUAAAGAUGAUCGCAGUGAUGUGGAGAGCAGCUCAGAGGAAGAAGAUGAAACUACCUGCACAAAAAGCCCCUCUGGCAGUAGCUCUAGCAAUGGUGCCAAUUGGGUAAAUGGCCACAUGAGAGGCAGCUGCUGGGCUCAAGAGUAAGAUGGUUGGCAUGGGGACUUUAGCACAUUUGGACUUGUAGGGCUGCUGGCAACCUACUACUCUUGGGCUCCUCCACAUCUACACUCCUGUGACUAGAGGGGACUACAAGGCACUGAGGAGAAUCAAACAAACAAAUAUUUUCACUUUAAAAAAAAAAAGAAGAAAAAUUAUGCCAUUUUGUAUUUAAUGCCCUUCAGGUCCUUUCAUUAAUGUUAUUUGUUCAGAGAGAGAGAGAGAGAGUGAGAGUGUGUGUGUGUAUGCAUGUGUGUGUUUAUGCAUGUGCAUUUGUGCAUAUGCAUGAGUUUUAUCAUCUGGGUUGGGACAUGUUCUAGACUGGCGCCAGUAGGCCAUGCCUAGUCUCCUUUGAACCCACCUUAAUCCCAGAUUUGACUGCAUCUUGAAUUCUGCUGUUUCGGACUAUCUGCUGCUUUGUGGCCUGUGGCUCUUGAGACUUUGAAUUCCUGGACUCUGAAUAGAGCAGCCAGGUUCAGCUCCAGGUUUCUACACUGUUUUCUUUCAGAACAGGAAGGGAUUAUUUCAUAUUAUGAAGUUGUAUAGAAACAGAACCUUGGAUAGGCAGCCAGGAUAGUUGGCCCCUAGCUAGAUCUCCUUCCUGCCACCUGAUAGUGACAGGGACAACUGUUGAUACCCUGCUCUUUACUCAAUGGUACACAGGGAGGGCAGUGGGAUAGGGUGAGCUGAGGGCUGGAGGAGGACAACAGCCACUGGGUGCGCUGUUAACGGUUUUAUACUAUUGUUUACUCUUCUGUGAUUAAAGUGCUUCAACCAUCUACUGUCUCUACCUUUUUUCUUUUUUAUUUUUGGUGGUACUGGGGACUUUACCUCUUUUAUGACUCUUUCACUAAUUCCCCGAAUUCAUAAAGAUUUUUGUUUUUUAGAGACAGGGUCUUGCUAUCUAGCCCAGGCUGGCCUAGAACUCAUGAU